CUUUAUUAUCUCGAGCUACACUGAUGUCGAAUUGAUUUUGUGUCCUAAUUUAGAAAAAAAAAUAAAAUGUUAUAUUCAAAAUAUAUUUACUUACUUAUUGUACUUAUUUCAAUCGUACAAUCUGAUGGAGAUAAAAGUCAAAGGAAAGAAUAUGAAAAAAACAACUUUGCUCCACAUAAAGUAAAACAUCAAAAUCUAAGAAGUCUGGAGCAACCAUUUCGAAUGGCAAAAUUGAACAUAGCUUGGGUGAGAGCCCAAAACAUCUUAAGUGAUUCUGUUCUCAAGUCAUUUUAUGCGGAGUUAAAAACUCAAGACAAAGAGUUAUUCGAAUGGAAGCAUACAGGCAAAAGAAAUGGCGGCGCGACGAAGGAAGAACUUCUACAAGCAAAAGUUAUGAAUAAACUUGCCAUGGUCAUGGAAAAAUAUGGCUUACUAGACGAAAUUGAUGAGACGAAAAAAGAAAUUCCCGUUAGAAAACUUAAAGGAAAAGAGGUACAGUAA